AAUUAAUACUCGCGCAUUUUCAACAGUUAACAGUUCAGUGCGUAGAUAGUAUUCGAAUCCGCCUACUAAACAUUUUAUUAAUGAGAACAGAUCGUCGGAAUACUUUUCUCUUUUCCCUUGGAUUUUAACUGUGUUGUUUACAAAAAGUUGUACCUUUUUAAAUGAAUUACGGGUCGUAUAUAUGGAGUAUUCUGAAAGAUGAUGGGGUGGGGAUAAGUGAAAACAAUAAUAAAGAAAUGAAUCCUACAAGCACGCGAUAUCUGGUGGCGGAUUACUUGACUUACAGGAUUGGUAAGCACGGAUAUACUUGGACCAAUUCCCCACCCCUUGAAGUUACAAAUAAAAUCCAUCUAGCUAUGAGAAAUUUAGCAGAUGACUUCGAACAAAGAUAUUCUGCGGAAUUUAGUAAUAUGGUAGAACAGUUGCUUAUAACUCCAAACAUGGCAUAUGCUACAUUUAAGGCAGUUGCAGAGGAAUUGUUUAUAGACGGUAUUAAUUGGGGCCGAAUAGUCGCUUUGUUUGUUUUUGGUGGGUCCAUAGCUAUUGAAUGUUAUGAAAAGGACAUGGUGCAUUUAGUAGACUCAAUAUUUGACUGGGUAUCAACAUACGUGCAAACUCAUUUAGAACAUUGGAUAUCAUCGCAAGGUGGUUGGAAUGGUUUAGCAGAAUUUUACGAGAAAGCCCCAGAUAAAAAUGACCAGUCAAUUUGGCCAUCAUUUGGAAGGAUUUGUCUUGGUGCUGCCGGGAUUCUGGCACUUGGAGCCCUUCUUACGCAAAAAUCAUAACACAUGCAACCUAAAGUCUUAUUUUACAUAGAGAAUAAUAUAAUUCAACAACUAGAAGCAAUGAUUGAGAGAAAACACCUGUUCAAGUGAAUUUUGUAAUGAGAUGAAUAUUCCCCAGGAUGUAGGAUGAUGAAAAAAAAAAUAUCCAGACAGAAGCUGACAGUAGAGGAAAACAAAACUUAACAACACAGGAUGUUGAAACAACUGCAAAAAGAGGCUAAAUAUAAAAAGAAAUAGCUUAUAAUAUCAUGUUAUGAAUAAAUUUUUAUACUGAUAGAAAAAUUGUAAAAUGUUAUGUAAAAAUUUUGAAGCCUUGACCAAAUGUGUAUCUUUCAAUACUUUCAAGUUUUAAACAAUUUUCCUAAAACAUGCUUUAUUGUGACCAUAAUAUUACACUGUGAAGUGAUGAAAAAGUUCAAGUAAAUCUAUUUUUUAGCUGUAAACUUUUUGUCUUAAGGCUCUGGAUGAAAAAAGUUUUGUAUUUUCGGGCUUUGCAUAAAUAUGGUUUGCUGAAUUUAUAGUAAAUUUUCAUUUUGGUACAUAAUCAUGUUAGGGACUGAGAAUGUUAUUUUUUUAUCAAAUGUUUCCUUUUCACAUGUUUCAUUAUUUUAAAAUCCUAUUUAUGACAUGCAGAAUGUUGUUUUUUUUUUUUUUUCAAAAUUGAAGAUUGUUUUAUCAUCACAGAUCAGUCAUUUUUGUAAACCAUUUAAUAAACAGUGUCCCCACAUUUCAAACCAUUAGUGUACAUGUUGGCAAUGGUACUGGGCAAAUCAUUCUUGUUUGCUUUCUUUUUUCAAUAUAUUACACAAGCUUUAAUUUUUGUAGAUAUAUUGUAUACUUUUAUUCACAGUAAAAAAGAAAAAAAGAUAAUUUCAUAGGGUUUUGAGAAAGGGAUGGAUUCUUAAUUUAAUGGUUUCAGGGUGUUCACUAGCCUGAGAGUCAUUUGACUAAGUUUUAUCGACUACAAGGCCAAAUCCCCAUGAUUUUAACAAACUUUGACCCUCCAGUUAAAAUCCUGAGGGUCAAAUCAGGCCUUUUGGAAAUUUGAAGGGUCAAAGAGUCAUUUUAAGGGAUUUUGUACCAUUGGCUAUCAUUGGGU